AUGAAAACGUGUAACUUCAUAAUUUUUUCUCAUUAUAGUAAUAUAUUGUUCAGAAGUUCCUUUAAAAGCUUAUAUAUUUUUAAUAAAAUAAAUAACUUGAGAAAUUAUAAUACAAUGAAGGAAAAAAAUAAUUGUUUAAUUGAAACAGAUGAGUUGCAUUCACUUAUAAAAAAUAAAAAAGAGUAUCUACUUUUUGAUACAAGUUAUUAUAAUUUGUAUCCAAAAAGUAAUGAAAUGGAUAGUGAUUAUGAUAAAAUAGAAAAAAUAAAAGGAAGUAUUCCUUUUGAUUCAAGAGUGACAUCUAAUGAAAAUCCUAAUUUUUCUUUUUUUUUUCCAGAAGAAUCAGAAUUUUUUAAUUAUCUAAAAGAGUUAUUAAUAAAAAAUCAAACGAUUAUAGGGAAUUCCUUAGAAAAUAUACCAAUUAUUUUUUAUGAAAAAGAUGAAAUUUUUUAUGCACCUAGAGUAUGGUUUAUGUUUAAAAUAUUUGGUUUUAAGAAUUUAAAGAUUCUAAACGGUGGUUUAAAUAAAUGGUUGUGCGAAAAAAAGGAAGUAAUAUAUGAAAAGAAGAAUAAUGUACAACUAAAAGAUAAUGCUAAAAUUAAUAAAAUAAAAAAUAUAAUAGAAGAUCAUUUAAAAAAUAAUAGAGAUGCAAUAGAUAAUAGGAAGAAAAAUAUAUAUCAUUAUUUAGAUAUAAAAAGGUUAAUUGAAUCAAAAAAAAAUAAACAAAUGAAAAAUUAUAUAUUGGUAGAUACAAGGUCUAAUAAAACAUUUAGUUCAUUAAUACAAUUAAAUGAAAAUAAAAAGGUUAAUAAUCAUAUUCCUUUUUCUAUAAAUAUACCAUAUUCCUAUUUUUUAAAUUACCAUGAUGAAAAUUUUAAAUAUGUAACAUUUAAAAAUGAAUUAGAGAUAAAGAAUAUAUAUGAUAAAUAUGAUCUAUUAAAUGAUGAGAAAAUAAUUAUAUCGACAUGUAAUAAAGGAGUUACUGCUUGUAUUUUACUAUUCCUUUUGCAUUUAUUAAAUAAACCAUUUUCUAAAUUAAUUUUAAAUCAAGGUAGUAUGGUAGAGUAUAAGUAUAAUGAAUAUAAUAUCAAAUAA